UGUUAUUUAGUCGUGGAUGCAUUCUUGGAUGAAUGCACCUUAGACCGACCAUCACAACACUUAUGCUCUCUGAUUUCACAUGAAUCAGUCAGACACUCACCUGCUCAACAGGUUAAUUGCGUUUGAUCACUUCAGAGUGUCUGCAUUGAUUGUGAGGCUUGCAAAUACAUUGAUGAUGGAUCUCCUGGCGGUUCUGGGGGAUUUCAUUCAGCUGUCAGCGCGGAGUGUUUUACUGUCGCUGCUGGUGUGUUUAACGCUCAUGCUCUGGCUUCUUUCCGGUCGGCGGCAGCUACCGGGUCCGUUCUCUUGGCCGGUCAUCGGUAACGCCGCUCAGCUCGGUACCUCACCUCACUUUUACUUCUCCCGGAUGGCUCAGAAAUACGGCGACGUGUUUCAGAUCAAGCUGGGCAGCCGAAACGUGGUGGUUCUGAACGGAGACGCAAUUAAAGAGGCGCUAAUUAAAAAAGGUGUCGAUUUCGCCGGCAGACCCGAUUUCGCUUCGUUCCGGUUCGUGUCCCAUGGGAAAAGCAUGGCGUUCGGUAACUACAGCCAGUGGUGGAAACUGCAUCGGAAGAUCGCGCACAGCACCGUGAGAAACUUCUCCACAGCCAACAUCCACACCAAGCAGACGUUUGAGAAGCACAUCGUGUGCGAGAUCGGAGAGCUCAUCCGCUUGUUUCUGAAUAAAACCCGCGAGCAGCAGUACUUCGAGCCUCACCGGUAUUUGGUGGUGUCGGUGGCGAACACCAUGAGCGCCGUUUGCUUCGGGAACCGGUAUUCGUUUGAUGAUGAGGAAUUCCAGCAGGUGGUGGGUAGAAAUGACCAAUUCACUAAGACAGUCGGAGCUGGAAGCAUCGUGGAUGUGAUGCCUUGGCUGCAGUACUUCCCAAACCCAAUCAAAACGCUCUUUGACCAGUUCAAAGCGCUCAACAAGGAGUUUAACGAGUUCAUUUAUUCCAAAGUGGCGGAGCACCGCAAGACUCUUUUAAUGAGCCUCGUCCGUGACAUGACUGACGCGUUCAUCGUUGCUCUGGAUAAAGGGCUGUCAGGGGGCCCGGGGGUCUUUCUGGAUAAAGAAUACGUGCCACCCACCAUCGCAGACAUUUUUGGAGCCAGUCAAGACACUCUGUCUACAGCUCUGCAGUGGAUCAUUCUGUUAAUAGUCAGGUAUCCAGAAGUCCAGAAACGUCUUCAGGAGGACGUCGACAAAGUAGCGGAUCGCAGUCGUCUUCCAACCAUUGCAGACCAGCCUCAUCUUCCAUAUGUCAUGGCUUUCAUCUACGAAGUCAUGCGAUUCACCUCGUUCGUCCCUGUAACCAUUCCCCACAGCACGACAACGGACACGUCCAUCAACGGGUAUCCCAUCCCUAAAGAUACCAUCAUUUUUGUCAACCAGUGGUCUUUGAACCACGACCCGACCAAAUGGGACCAACCAGAGGUAUUCAACCCGCAGCGCUUCCUGGAUGAGGAUGGAGCUCUCAACAAAGACUUAACCACCAACGUGCUGAUCUUCUCCGUGGGGAAGCGUAGAUGCAUUGGAGAAGACUUGUCCAAGAUACAGCUUUUCCUCUUCACCUCCUUGCUGGUCCAUCAGUGUAGGUUUACAGCAGAAACUACUCCCAGCAUGGACUAUGUGUAUGGGCUCACCCUUAAACCCAGAUCCUUCAAAGUGUCUGUCACACUCCGUGACAGCACAGAACUGCUUGAGAGUUUGGUAGGAACGUCUCAGACUCCUACACAAAAGAGACAGAGACCUCAAGUUUGAAGGGAAAUCAAAGCAUGCAACUUAAAUACUUUGCCAAAUGAAGGUGGCUAAGAAAACAAACACUGAAGAAUCUCUCAUAUCUGCAUUAUAGCAAUAUAUUUAUAGAUGUAAAACUCAGGCAAAAACUUUUUUUUAUUUUUUUUUUUGGCUCAGAAUGAGCUAUGACAAUAAAAACACACUCAUUCAUUACUGUAACUACAUGAUGCACUGAUUUAUGGUAUAUUAUGCAAGAGUAGCAAAGCAGAAGCUACACUGCAUGGUUUAUUCAGACAAAUACUAGUUGGUUUCUAAGAAUACUGAGGCCUCUACAUGCAUAGCAUUUUUCAGUCAAAAAGUUUGUGUUACUUGGAAUUCUGCUUCUUCUAGUUUAAAUAUAGCUAGUAGAUAUACAUUUAGACUCAGUUAUAGAAGACUUGCCCUCAUCAUGCCUCAAUCUUUUAAUGCCAACAUUUUUAUUAAGUGGUUUAAAGUCAGCGUGAAACACUGUUCACAACCCCUUUUACUUCCAUGACAUAUUUCUGAAUGAAACAAGAUAUUCGAUGAGAAAAAACUGUGGUGCAGUCAUUGAUUUUAUCUAUUUGAAACUGACUGGAUCAUGAAAAAUCAUUAAGUCAUUACAUUUUGAUAAAAGAUUACAGAAUAAAUAAUCAGCUUGGACUAAUAUGCAACACUUAAUCAAUUGAUUACAUUUCAUGUUGACUUUAACACAUUUAGUUAUUAUUUUAAAUGACUGCAUUGAGCUUAAAGUACUUUUUUUUUUGUUCAGUUGUUGCUUAGGGUACUUUAGCUCAAACUAGCCCUAUGCUGCAUUUUUAACCUCUCUGUAUAAAGUUCAUAAAAUGAGACAUUUGUACAGUAUAAUCUUACAGCACUUUAUUGUUCUUGAUAAUAGUUCUCUAUUAAUACUACAGCAUUGUUGAAGUCUGUGCCUUAUUAUUAGAGGCUUCUAAGCAUUAAUCUAUAAUUAAAAUAAACAUAGGCGGGUUUAACACAGUUCACUUCCAUUGUGUUCCUGCAACAUCCUUCCCAAUCAAAUAUUGUCUGGAGAUCCUCACAGUGGGUCACAGGAAGUCUCCAGUGAAACUAUUCUGAACAUCUAUGUUUAUUAAAAGUUGAAUGUGAUAUUACAUAUCUGGCACAUGAUGUUGUGUAGGCGAAAGGAAAUACAUUUUGUGUCCCUUGGGUCCCUUCUAGUUAGGGGAAUCCUGAAGGGGAAAUUCAGGGUUUGUUAACUAACAUGUAUAAAAUAUUACGAUUACUAAUUUUUGCUCAUUUCUAACUGCUGCAAUAUAUUUUUGAACUGUAAUAGCUAUAUUUGAUCUGCUGUAACAUAUUUUUGGACUGUAAUAGCACUUGUUAAUAGACUGCUGGUCUGUAUUAGAUCUACUAUAUUUUAUAUGCAAAAGA